CCUAAACCAAAUUCAAAGUUAUAAUCCGACCCUCAACCCAUCCAACGAACCCAAAUUUAGGGUUCGAAUUCGUAAAAAUUUGAAAAUUUUAGUGCCAGAUUUUGAGUUUUGUUCCCCUGUUUCUUUCCCAAAACCUAAUUCUUUUGUAAGACCUCCGCCUUCUUCUUUUUCCUACCGACCUUCUUCCCUCAUCCUCAUUUAUCCUUCACCGGCGACGGCGACGGCAACGGCAAGGGCUCGUUCCCACCAGCCAGAUUUUGACGAUUGAAAUCAAUGAGUAAAUCACAAGGGCCAUCAUCACUCAAGAGAAAAAGGCCAGAUUUGAGUACGAAAAAUUCCUCUGUAGGAGCUCUAAUUGGGCAAGAAAAAGUUCUCUAUGACCUAAUUUGCAGCAAGCAAAGCAUGGGGAUUUGCACUUUUGACAUGAAAAGAGAAACAAAGUUUGCCGAAAGUGUUGUAACAAAAUCCCUUAAGUCUCUUCAAACCAAAGGCCUGAUAAAGAUAGUCCAACACUAUCAAAACAAAGGCAAGAAGUUCUACCUAUCUAACGACUUUGAACCAGCUAAGGAAUUAACCGGUGGUAACUGGUAUCGUGACGGGGAGCUCGACAAAGACUACAUCAAUACUCUCAAACAAGUUUGUGCAAGAAUGAUACAAAGGAAGAAGUUGAUGACCAUUGAAGGGAUUGUGGAGUCUUUCAAACAGAGUGGAGCUUUCAAAGUAGAGUUGACAAGAGAACAAAUUGAAGAGAUUGUAAAUGCUUUGGUGUUGGACAAUCAAGUGACGGAAGUGAAGAGCUCUGGAUUUGGUGAAUUUGAAUUUAUUCCAAUUGGGAAGAUUUGUUAUAAGUAUUGUAGUCAAGGAGGCCUCAAAGGGGAGCCUAAAACAGGGGCAAUGGCUUCCAUUCCUUGUGGAGUUUGUCCAAGGAUCACUCAUUGUACCCCAAAUGGCAUCAUUUCUCCUGCUACCUGUGUCUAUUAUACCAAGUGGUUAGAUUUUUAAGUUAACCAUUUUGAAAAUAUACACAUAAUGUGCAUAUGAAUUUGAACUUGUCUCAAGUUGUGGGACUGAUUUCUGUUUUCUUUUUAUUUAUAUAUAUACACAUAUUACAGUGUGUUUGGGCUAGCUUA